AUGCCUUGCUUUAUAACAAAUAUUAAACGCAAAAAAGGAAAUUUCAAAAAUAGUCAUGAAUUAAAAAAAAAAAACUUGGACACCCAAAUUGAGGAGGUAUAUGGACACGAAAGUGAGGAAGUAGGUGAUGAAAGUUAUGAAGUUGCAUUUAGGGAAAAGUGGAAUCCAUGUGUAGACUCGAAAAACAAAGAAUUGGAUGAAAAAGUAAACAAAAAUUUUUGUGAAAAAAAGUACGAAGAAUCCCAUUAUAAUGAUAGUAGUACAUAUUCGAUGGAAAUGGAAAAUGUGGAGACAAAUUUUUUGUGGAGCGUAAUAAACGAAGUAAAUAAUGUAAAGUUAAAUUAUGCUGUACCGAAGGGAAGAAAUGAUAAACAUAUUGAACAAGGUUUGCAAAAAAUGCCUCCAAUUAAACUAAGUAAAAAAUAUAUUGAUGUUGGAUGCCUUGGUAUUUGGAAAUUAUCAAGUAGUAGAAACAAAUCAGAUAUGAAAAAAUUAAAAGACGAAAAUAUGAAUACGUAUUGGCAAUCUUCAAGCUUAGGACCGCAUACAAUCACGAUACAAUUUUUUAAACUCACGAAAAUUACUAAAAUUUAUUUACUCUUUAAUUAUUCACUGGAUGAAUCUUAUACACCUUAUGAAAUAUUAACAAAAGUAGGAAAUGACGAAAAUCAUCUUGAUAUUUUAUGUAGUAAUUUUUGUGACGUGAAUAAAUAUACUUUUAAUGAACCUUUUUGGUUUAUUAUUGAUUUAGAAAAAUUUCAAUUUCAUUCAUACUUUUAUAACUAUAACGUCAAAAACUUUAAACACACUAAUUUUGUACACUGUCGUUGCUUGCAAAUUUGUAUCAUGUCUAAUCAGCACUAUGGUCGAGACACUCGUAUAAGACAAGUAAAAAUUUUUGGUCCCAAUUAUUCUUUUUAUAAGUAUGAUAAAUCCCUCAUAAUGUGA